GUGAAGGGAAAGUCCAUCUCUUUCAUCCCGUGAACAUCUCCUGAAUUUCCUACCUUCUCCCGUCUGACAAUAUUCUCUGAUAUUGAAUAAUGUCGGUGUUCCGCGACGUCACCCAGGCGGUCCCCGUUGCUGUCUUCAAACUAUCUCAAGAUUUCAAUAAUGACCAGGAUCCCAACAAGGUGAACCUCGGAGUGGGAGCCUACAGGACGGACGAGGGGCUGCCCUGGGUUCUGCCCGUGGUGAAGAAGGUGGAGAAGGUGAUCGCCCACGAUGACCGCCUGAACCACGAGUACCUGCCCAUCCUGGGUCUGCCCCAGUUCAGGUCCUGGGCGUCUAAGAUCGCGCUGGGCGCCGCUAGCCCUGCGGUCCAGGAGGACAGGGUGGGAGCAGUGCAGUGUCUGGGGGGGACGGGGGCUCUGAAGAUAGGAGCCGAGUUCCUCCGGCGCUUCCACAACGGCAGCAACAACACCAAGACACCCGUCUACGUGUCCGCACCUACCUGGGAAAACCACAACGCGGUGUUCGUCAGCGCCGGCUUUGAGGACGUGCGUUCCUACAAGUACUGGGAUGCCCAGAACAGAGGCUUGGAUCUGGCUGGUUACCUUGGUGACCUGGAGACGUGCCCAGAGCACUCCAUCUUUGUUCUGCAUGCAUGUGCCCACAACCCCACCGGCACCGACCCCACGCAGGAGCAGUGGAUGAAGAUCGCUGAGGUCAUGAUGAGGAGGAGGCUCUUCGUGUUCUUCGACUCGGCCUACCAGGGGUUCGCCUCAGGCGACCUGGACAAGGACGCCUGGGCCAUCCGCUACUUCGUCUCCAUGGGCUUUGAGAUGUUCUGCGCUCAGUCCUUCUCCAAGAACUUUGGCCUCUACAACGAGCGCGUGGGCAACCUGACCAUCGUGGCUCGCGACCCUGACAACCUGCAGCGCGUCCUGUCCCAGAUGGAGAAGAUCGUGCGGACCACCUGGUCCAACCCUCCGUCCCAGGGCGCCCGCCUGGUCGCCAUCACGCUCAGCGACCCGGGGCUCUUCGAGGACUGGAAGGCCAACGUGAAGACCAUGGCGGACCGGGUUCUGCUGAUGCGGGCCCAGCUUCAGGCUAAGCUGCAGGCCCUGAGGACCCCGGGGACCUGGGGCCACAUCACCCAGCAGAUCGGCAUGUUCAGCUUCACCGGCCUCAACCCCAAACAGGUGGAGUACAUGGUCAAGGAGAGGCACGUGUACCUUAUGGCCAGCGGCCGCAUCAACAUGUGCGGCCUGACCACCAAGAACAUUGACUAUGUGGCCCAGUCCAUCCACGCCACGGUCACCAGCGUCCAGUAGAGGUUCUGCUCACCGGGGGGGGGGGGGGGGGGGGGGGCAUAAGUUCAUUUUAUGCCCCGGCGCUUUUUACUAGGAUUUCAACUUGUAUUUGCUAUCAGCACACACUACUUCCCCACCGUUUGAUCCGCCACUCCGGUCCAUUCCCAGAGGAGUUGACGGGCUCAUUGGUGCUUACCUUAGAAUUUAAUUAGGUUUUUAAUCUCUUAACACACACCCAAACACGCACACACCAAAGCACAUCACAGAGAAGUGUGUCAUCUCCAGGCAAUAUGUUGAACAUCAUGGCUGAAUUAACUUGUAUACUUAUUCAUCGCCGGAGAACAAACCGGGUGUUCAGCUUUGGCCGAACACAUCUCAGCUGUGGAGUUGGAUUGGGAGUUUGAAGGAAGAAUUAAAAAUGGACUUGAUCAUGGGUUGCCAUGACCUAGCUGUUGAGCAAUUGAUCAAAUCGGUAACACUAGAUUAUUAUUGUUGUUUAUUGUUUCUUGAAUGGAUCCCCAUUAGCCGAUGCCGAGGCGGGAGCUAGUUUAUUAUUAAAUACAAUGUUGAUGUACUUUAUUGUUUAUAUACUGUAAUUUAUCCAGCAGAUGUUAUUAUCUCAGGUGUGGGCUCCAGUAUGCCUGUAUUGGGACCACGUUCUUGAGCAGGAUAUCUGUGUGCUAAUGAUGCUAACAGCGCGUGACUUCAGGUUGGGACUUAAAACCUCAGCUACCAUUUUGGGGCAGCUUGUCUGUGUCUGUGUCUACUGCUAAAUGUCCCUGGCAGCGCCUGCCUAGUCAAGGUACAGCAGGGUUGGUAUUUAAGUUGCACAGCACUAAUCGUGUAUAAAGAGUGCAUAAAGUGUCUGUAUAACCAACUGGGUAUGGCAUCAUGCCGUGACUCCCAGAUUGGGAACCCAGAACCCUGUAAUGUGAAAUAAUGAAGAACUUCAGAAUAAAUGCUUUGUAAGUCG